AUCGUAGUUGAUAUUUUUGUAUAUGUGUUUUUAUUUAAUUAUGCUGGACAAGAAUUUAUGGAUCAUAAUGACCACAUAUUUUCCACUGCAUACAAUGUUCGAUGGUAUGUAACACCAUUACACGUACAGAAGCUAAUAUUAUUCCUCUUGCAAAGGGGUAGCAAGACUGUCAGUCUUAAUUUUGGCAUAAUGUUCGUGUUGUCCUUAGAAUUAUUUGCAGCGUUAACGAAGGCAUCGAUAUCUUAUUUUACCGUUAUGUGUUCGAUGCAAUAGCAAAAAUUUUUGAUCCAACAACUGCAGUUGUAUAAACGUAUUGCAAUUUGCGGUGAUAUAGACGUAAGUAGAGAGAAGUAUUAGUUCAUUUUUAUAUUAAAUCGAUUAUACCUACAAAACCUGGAUUAUAUCUUUCACCUUUGAAUACCUAAUAUUAAUUUUAAUGAGAAGAUUUUUAACGUUUUUUUUUGUCUAAGCAAGUAAAAUAUCAGCCACAUGAAUAUUGCAUAGACAAAAUAAUACAUACCAUUAACAAAACAUUGAUGUCGUCAUAUUAGUUUGUUGUACUAUUUUAAUAGUCACAAAUCCACGUGGUACGUUGCUUAAGUCUCGAUAAUCUCUAUCUACUUCUUGCUUAAAAGGUUUCGUUAUUAUGCAAUAUAAUAAGAGAUGUAACAGGUGAACGUGUAAUAUUUAUAUACAAUACAUUUAGAAGAGAAGCUGAAAUAAGAAUAAACAGAAUAUGUUCUUUAUGUUCGGACGAAUAGAUAAUUUUUGAGUAAUUUAGUACUAGAAGUAUAAAGAACUCUUUAUACUUCCGGUACCUAUAAGAAGCUCGAAGAGCUACAUUUCGUAUAUUUUUCUUGGUGAUACUCAUGUAUGUACAGUUAACACGACACAUACAUAAGAUGAAUGAAUCGACAUGGUUCGUAAAGAAGAAACGUAUCAUACGAAUGUAUACUAUAGAAUAAAACGCAUGAAAUUGCCACGAUGAGAAAAAAUAACUGCGCUGAAAUUCGAUGAAGAAGUGUUGUGCAAAUAUUCUCUUUACGCGGCGGGAAGUAUAAAGCAUCAGUUGAAUUUCCCUCGACGUUGUAUCGAUCGGUUGCUUAAUCACCCGUUUUUUUUCCGUGCAAAAACAUCAAACUGCGAGUGUUCCAACUUUACGGUAGCAAUUUGUCUAUUAUCUUACAUUAUACUUAUGCCGAAUUCAGCAAUUUAGAAUUUAUGUUAAAUAAAAAAAAACAUAAUAUUCUCGAUAUUCGAGAGAGUGGAAUAUGCGACGUUUCUUCGACGUUUUCGCGGUCAAACGCGUACUGUUUCUCGCAGAGUGAUGAUCUCCAUCAAGACUCAGCAUUUUAGAUUCAAUCGGAUUCUUCUGCUCUCAAUUGGCUUAUGGCCUUAUGAACGAACAAGACUCGUUCAAUUUCAGAUAACUUUGUUUUUUGGUGUCGUCAUUAGCAGUGUUAUAUACCAGUUCGCACCACUUGUGUUUAUAAAGUGCACUCCAGGUCUUGUUAUCGAUGUUCUCUCUAUCGCAUUGUUUUCUGGUACGUUUGCGAUUUCUUAUCAAGUUUUUUGGAUUAAGGUUCAUGCUAUGAAGUCGUUAAUGGAUGAACUUCAGCAUAUUUGUAACGAUCUAAAGGAUAAGAACGAGAUUGCUAUUAUAACAAAAUAUGGAAACAUUGCAAAACGUCUUACGGCUAUAAUUACGUUGUUUCAUGUGGGCAACAUAAGUACUAUUUCGUUACUAACGGUUUCACUGUAUCUUCUUGAUGCUGUAUUGCUCGUAGAGAAGUCUGAAUUACGUCGCAUUUUCCAAAGAGCUAUACCUAAAUUCUUCAUUGGCCGAGAAAAAUAUACGUAUUCGGUAUUUCUGUAUUAUUUGGGAACUGCUUGUAUAGGAGGUACUGUAUUGCUAGGAACGGGAAUGAUGAUUGUAACAUACUCCAAACAUGCCUGUGGAAUAUUUAGAAUCGCCAGUUACCGUAUCGAGAAAGCAAUGAUGGUAAAUAUGGAAAAUAUUAGCCUGGAAAAUGAGAUUAUAAUUCGUAAGGAAAUAAUUCUUGCCGUAGAUAUUCAUCGCAAAGCUGUCCAGUUCACUACGCUUUUGUUUUCCACCUUUAAUGGAUUAAUAUUUUUUUUGAUAAUAAUUAAUGUGAUUUGUUUGAGCUUCAAUCUUUAUAGAAUAUCUGAAACCAUGUCACGAGAGGGCGAUAUCGGACAAUGUUGUAUUCAUUUUAUAAUUACGGUUGCAAUUUUUGUAUAUUUGUUUCUAGCCAAUUAUGUUGGACAAGAACUUACCGAUUACAAUAAUCACGUAUUUUUUACCGCAUACAAUGUUCGGUGGUACGUAACACCUUUGCACGUACAAAGGUUGAUACUAUUUCUUUUGCAAAAUGGCAGCAAAACUUUUCGCGUGUCUCUUGGUGGACUGUUGUCACUUUCCAUCGAACUUUUUGCCACGUUAACAAAGACAUCGUUAUCCUACUUCACCGUUGUAUAUUCUAUGCAACAGUGACGUGAAAAUAUAUCAUUUUACAGCGUAUUACAAUUUGUAGUAGAAUAGGUAAGGUUAAAAAUAAGUAAACAUGUGGUAAUAUAAAAUGUCAGUUGUAUAUGUACAAUAAA